AAAGCUUGCUUGUUCUGACUUUGGCCAAGCCAAGACUCUGUAUUCGACGGUCUAGGGAAUAGUUCAGAAUUAAACCUGUAGGAAAUUGCUUCCUACAAAAAUUCGAACAGUAUUUUCGAUAUACCUACUGAAAUGACCUCCAAUAAAUACUGCGAUCCCGAUGAGACUCCAGAGUUUUCACCCUAUCACUUGGGAGUUUAUGGCGAGGAUCAACCUAGAAAGAACGAACUCAAAAACAAUAGCAUGAUAGAACUAGAGUUAGCUAGGUUUCGCAUAACCCAGUUAGAAAAGGAAAUUGAACUAGAAAAGUUACGCCUCCAGAAAUGUGAAGGUUCCGGCCAAUUAGUAAGCAACAGUGAGAAUACAAUAUUAAAAAAUCUGUAUUUGCCAAAAGGAGAAGUCUUAAGAUUCGGUGGUACACCGACAAAUUAUUGGAAUUUCAUUAAAAAUUUCGAAGAAUGCAUUGGAAGUGAGAAUAUUUGAUUUAGAGCUAAGAUAAAUUACUUGAUUCAAUAUUGUGACGGGAAGCGAAAGCCGCUAUACUUCAUUGUACUAUACUAGAACCAGAGGUAGGUUAUCAUCAAGCCCUAAAGCUCUUGGAGGGAAUUUUUGGCCAAAAACAUGUUGUAGCACGCACGUUUAUUGACAACUUGUUAAACUUUAGCAAUAUAAGGAGGAAUCAACCAGAUGGGUUGAGAAGACUAUCUCGAGAAAUGCAAGCAUGUGGUUUGACUCUCGAGCAGA